AUGUCCACCCUCCAAUACGCCCACCUCUCCACCGUAAACCCCGACUUCGCACCCCUCAUCCCCGGCGUCAACGCAGCGUUCAAGAAGAUAUGGACGUACACGACUAUGGAUGAGUUUCGAGGCAAUUGGGGCGGCACUCGCGCCUCGUAUUCGGCGUGUGUGCCUGUGGACGGCUUCAGCAUUACGCACGAGAUGAUCCCGACACGUGAUGGGACGGAAGUAGAAUUGAGGGUUUGGAGGCCGGAAAGCAAUAUAGAUGAAGUGUUACCGCUGCUGUUUGUGUGUCAUGGGGGAGGGUUUGUGGUUGGCGGACACGAUUCGGAGAACGCGAUGGCGAGAACUGUUUGCGUGCGGAAUGGUAUGGCGGUCAUCAGUGUUGAUUUUCGAAGAGCACCAGAGCAUAAGUUCCCAACUGCUUUCAACGAUUGCUACGACGCGUACCACUGGAUCAUCAAGAACGCGACACAGCUCAAGAUCGACCCGAAAAAAGUGAUACUGGGCGGAAGCAGUGCUGGCGCAAGUAUAGCCGCAAGUAUUGCCAUUGAGCUGCGCGAAGAAGACGCUCUCAACGGUGUGAUAGGGCAGCUACUUAACAUACCCGUCACAUGUCAUCCAAAGCAGUUUCCGCACGAUAAGUACGAGUUGAACAGCUAUGUCCAGAACGCGGAGGCGCCUACUAUCAACGGGAACAUGAUGAUAGCUAACGGCUACGGCAAAGAUCAAUACUAUCCCGAAGGCGGACCCGAUGUACGGGCAAAUCCAUUGCUUGCAGCGACACACGCUGCGUUACCUCCUGCUCGUAUGUUCUCUUCACAGAGCAUUGGUGCGAACUUUUCCGUGCUAAUGGAAGUAGUCAUUCAAGUCGGUGGCAUGGAUCCGCUCCGGGACGAAGGACUGGCGUACGCAGAGGCGUUGAAGAACGAUGGGUAA